CUCCGGUUGUUCGGUCCUCCUCCUCCCUCAGUUGAGCUUGGUCGGUCGAGCUUCUUGGGUGAUUUUGUGACUGUUUAAACCGCAAUGCUUCGGAAGUGACAUUUUCAGUGUUAAGUGAACGCAAAUCCUUCCAAAAUGUUGGCCGACGGAGAAAUAGUGGGCGACGGAUCAUGGAACCUCAUGGUUUACGUGACCGAUCUGAACGAGAAGCGUACCUUAGUUGUAAAAGGUGACAUGCACAUUGGAGGAGUGAUGCUGAAAUUGACAGAACUCUUCGAGUUCAAGAAAGAUUGGUCCGACCACGCCCUCUGGUGGCCAACCCGCAAUAAAUGGCUCUCCAAACCCCGUCAGACCCUCGACCAGUGCGGUGUUCACGCCGACGCAUGCUUGCACUUCACACCUAUGCACAAACCGUUGAGGAUCCAACUGCCGGAUCUAAGAUAUAUUGACUGCAAGAUAGACUUCUCUAUUGACACGUUCAGCGCAGUGGUACAACUUUGCAAGAGUCUAGGUAUCCGGCACCCAGAAGAAUUAUCUCUCUGCUAUCCACUGGAGCAGUCCCACCUCAAACAGAACUACCAGAACCUGAAAGAGGCGAAGCGACUCCGGCCGUCGGCACCUCCGGAUACAAACACGUUCAUCGCCGCUACCAGAGGAUCGUCGAACAGCUUGGACAGGUCUAACGGGUGUCCGGCGACGCCUCCACCGCCGAGGUCACAGUCAGCUACGCCAGUUGCAUCGAAUGGCACCCUCAGGCGCUACGGCACCCACAUCUACAGCACACAGAGCGACGGUUCAAGCGACGGCGGCUACUGCGGGACGCCGCCGCGCGCCGCCUCGCUCGACGCCAUUGAUGCCCUGGCUGACUUGUCAUUGGCUGACUCGCCUUUAGAGCCAGACAGUCAAUCGAGGGAGUCACUGCUGACGCCUAAGACACUGGUAGAACGAGCUAGGAUGAACGUUGGCUGGCUAGACUCCUCUCUCUCCAUCAUGGAGCAGUGCAUACGAGAAUGGGACACCCUGCAGCUGCGCUUCAAGUUUUACUCGUUCUUCGACCUGACCGCGCGCGCCCAGGACGCGCCGCGCCUCAACCAGCUGUACCAGCAGGCGCGCUGGCAGAUACUGAACCAGGAAGUGCACUGCACUGAGGAGGAGAUGCUGCUGUUCGCCGCUCUACAGCUUCAAAUCGAGCUGCAGACGCUCGCCGGCGGCAGCGUCGACGCCGCCGACGGACACACGUCCAACGCCGCGCCCGACGACAUCGACGCUGCGCUCAACGAACUAGAAACACAGUUAGAAGGCGGCCCUCCGGUCAGACCUGACAUCAUGCAGGUCCCUGAACUCGCUGGACAUCUUAAAUACAUGAGGCCGAAGCGGUUCACCCUGAAGGCGUACAAGCGCGGCUGGGUGUCGUGCCGCGACGGCGUGCUGCGCGUGCACGCGUCGCGCGAGGCGGCGGCGCGCGGCGACGCGCCCGGCUACUGCGGCGAGCUGCGCGGCGCGGAGGUGACUCCAGACGCGCAUCCUGCGUCCAAUCGCUACAGCAUCAAACUGGAGGUGCCUUCGGAAGACGCCAUGAACGAGAUCUGGCUACGGUGCGAAAACGAGGAGCAGUACGCGGAGUGGGUGGCGGCGUGCCGCCUGGGCGCGCGCGGGCGCUCGCUGGCCGACGCGGGCUUCGCGGCCGAGGCCGCCAACGUGCGCGCGCUGCUGCGCCUGCAGACACCCCAGCCCGCGGCCGUCGCGCAGCACAACGUGCCGCACUUGGACCAGCUGCAGCCGGAGAACUAUGUCGCUCCCAGGGUCUUGAGGAGACUUAAAGGGAAGUUUACCCAACGCGUCCUGGAAAGCCACGCGAACGUGAAAGACCUCCCGCUGCUCGAAGCCAAGCUCCAGUACAUCAAGACCUGGCAGAACCUGCCCGACUACGGCCAAACCCUGUUCGUGGUUCGCUUCAUGGGCCACAGGAAGGACGAAGUCAUCAGCAUUGCGAACAAUCGCAUCAUGAGGCUCGACCCCAGCACAGGAGACCAUCUGAAGACCUGGCGGUAUAGCACUAUGAAGGCAUGGAACGUGAAUUGGGAGAUAAAACACAUGAUGGUACAAUUCGAGGAAGGCAACAUCAUCUUCUCCGUGCAGUCCGCCGACUGCAAGGUGGUGCACGAGUUCAUCGGCGGCUACAUCUUCCUGUCCAUGCGCUCCAAGGACGCCAACCAGACCCUCGACGAGGAACUCUUCCAUAAGCUCACUGGAGGUUGGACGUAAACUGAUUUGUUUAUAUUAAAACAAAAACUACAGUCAAAAUUGAAUAUUCAACUUAAUGAUUAUAUAAGAUGAAAAAAUCGUGUACCAAGUAUGUCGUGUAUGUUUUGUGGUAACUUACAGGUUGAUUCACGAAAGCUGGCACGAAUGGAAUGAACGAAACUUUCACUGUAUGAGUGACAUCUGGGGGCCUACCGCGAAAAUCGAAGUUCGUCAAUUGAGUCUUUGUCACUACUGAGAUUACGUUUUACUGAGAGUAAAAGAGAAAGAUCCCCGCACUUUUCGAAUUUUCGCGGUAGGCCCCCUGUAUCGGUAUAUAGUCUGAGCCAUCAUUUUAUUGUUUGAUGUUAAAUUCACAUAGAUAAUUUCAUUCACUCAUUCCAUUCGUGCCAGCUCUUGCGAAUCGACCUGUAAGUUAAACGUCAACUUUUGGCAACCUGCGUGACGCAUAAUGUAGGAGCCAUACAGCGCCAUCUGCAUCAUUGAAAGCACGACUUUGUUUUAGACUACACAUCUAAUACAGUCAAUUAAUGUUUGAUAUUGAAUUAAUUUUUAAUUAAUAGCGAUCCGAAGUGUCCGCCAUUUUUACGGUUUUAUUCACCUCGAGUCAUGUCUAUGACAGUGACGAAUGACGGUUAAAAGUAUUAUGUUACAUGACGUAGUUAAAAAAAUUGAGAUUGGUGCUCUUGGUAUAAGAUAUAAGAAAUAUGUCCCCUCAUCUGUUAUUCAUUUGUGAUAAAAUUAACCAAUUUUUUUUUGUAUCUAAAAACUGGGCAAUCAUGAACUGGACCAACUUUUUGAUAAGGCAACUUAUUACAGUUAGAUUAUGUAUAAAAUAAGCCUUCAUUUGACAUAAUAUACGAUUAAAUAACAAAAAUAUGUUUUUUUUUACUGCCCGACGCAAAUUAACUAAGCAACCUAUUUGCAAUGUGUCAAUGUGAAUAUUAUCUAUCAUUUAUUUCUUAUAACAAAUAAAUAACAGACGAGGGUACGCUGACGUAUCUCCUAACUUUUUCGGCAAAGAUAUGGCGAUAUAGUGUUGCAAAGUCCGCAUAUGAUGAUACUAUAAAAAUUACGUAAAUCGCACGAAUAUUUAUAACUUUAAACUUCGCUUUUUUUAGCCUCUUGACAUACACGAUCGAUGGUUAUAUUUAUUUUUAUUUAUGUUACUGUUUCGUUGUAGUGUGUGUGCUGCGCCUCACCCACAUACUACACCUCCCCACUUACAGAAAAAAAGCGUUUAUACUACUAAUCUUUUUUCUUGAAGGGGGGAGGUAUAGUGUGUGUGCUACGCCACACCCACACACUACAUCGUAUUAUAAAUGUGUAUAAGAAUGUAUUUUUGUAGUAAAUUAACUAAUUGAAUCAUAUAUUUAGAUCUUGUUUUUAGUGCUUCCAAUAAAAAUAUAGCUUUCUUGUAAAUGCCAAAUAAUAUUGAAGCAUAUAUUCAUUACGUCAGUAUGUAAUUAAAUUUUAGUUUUAAGUUGAAAUGCGAUGGAUAAGAGCUUUUAAUAGAUGUAAUUUAUAAUUUAUGCAAAUGUUUAAAUGAUAUGCCUUUAUAUUGUCAUGUAUGUAUACUUUAAUAUUUAUAAUGUAACAAAUAUUCAACAAUGUCUUUCACAAAGUGCCAUUUAACGAAUCAGUAAAACGAAAAUUGUCUGAAUGCUGGCCUUAAUCUAAUUAAUAUAAUAAAUAAGUCGAUCAGUGCCUCAAUAGCAUAUUUAUGUGUAUAUUACACAUUUUAUUAUGCUUUUCUCUAUGUCAUAUUUGUGACUACGCCUGUGGAAUAAAAAUGCCAUUAUGGUUAACCUUUUAACCACUGUAGUCUGAUAUAGAAGACAUACAAUAUCCAGCUCAUUUCGCCGCAAGACAAAACUUCGUGUAACUUCGUACCGGCGGCGACGGCACGAUGAAAAAUCCUAAGCGGUUAAAAGGUUAAAUAGGUAACCUUUUGUACGCCAAGAACACCCAAAGGUCAUAAGUCGUGCCCACAGCGUUAUGAACACAUACGUGUUAUGGCGUACGCUGUCAAAUUAACCUUCACACUUUCAAGUAAGGUUUACAUUAGCUCGCUUUCGCCCGUGAUGUUGGCGUGUAAGUGACGUUUUCGUUUAUAAAGAACGUGUAAAGGGUUAAGCAGUGCCUAAAUUUAUUAACAUAAUUUGCGUAUUAAAACCAAUUCUGAAAUGUAUUUUAAUAUUAACCAGGUACUACUGUGGCCUUAACUUAUACAUAUGUUUACAGUUUUUACCUGUUGUAAAUACCGAAAGCAAGAUGGUAUGUUAGUUUAUAACUUAAUGUUGUGUUGUGGCUAGUUCUACUAAAGUCUUGUACCCUUUUUACCUAAGUUCAGCCAUACAAAUGAAAAAUCUGUAGUGUAAGAAAUAGGGUAGUUUUGUUUGCAAAUUGAACGAUACAAAACAAAUUCAACUCUGUUGCAUUUUAAUACGAUUUAAAUUUCAUUGAACUGAUUAAGAACUAGGUGACAUCAGGGUGUCAUCUAUUGGACAUAUUCAAGUCGAAAACUAGGACGUUUACCUUACGUAUAAAUGAAAAAAAUCCAAUUCAUACUGAUUUGGAUUCUUUAAUAAUUUAUUUACUGUAUAAUAUUUUUGGUGUAUGUACUUUAGUGGAACAAGCCUUUUUUUAUCGUUGACUAAUGAAUUGUUCUUAUUGCAAAAUGUUCGUGUACGUGUCAAUUUGAGAUGAAGUCUCCAACCCGCAUCAGAUCUGCGAGAAAGGCAAUAUAGGUAAAAUGCACUUUGAAUGAUCUUUUUAAGCAUAUAAUGCUUUCAAUUUUGUAUGUUUAUGUAAUGUACCAAUGGUGACAAAUAACUUUAGUUAUUUUAGAAUAUUUUGUACAAAAAUUGUAUGUACACUUAUAAUACCGUUUAUAAUAUUACUGAAACAUUAAAUAAAUGUAAGAAAUUAAGUAAUAAAA